AUGGCCGCCUUCGUGAGGGUCUCUGGCCCGCCGAAUAGUAACUUCCUCGUCGGCUACCCGGGCAUAUCAGCAACAUUACCCCGAAUCGAAGGCAAGGUCGAGAUCCGCCCCUCCCAGGGCUUCUCCAUGCCCGUGGCCGUCUCCCUCGUGCGCAUCUGCCUGCAGCGCCGCGAAACCAUCCACCCCGCCGCCGAGAAUGUCGCCAAGCGCCACCUGGGCACGCCGCGCCGCGAGACCACCGACGUCGUCGGCAAGGAGCUCCUGCUCUUCCGCUGCCAGACCGGUCGCGAGGCCGAGAGCGUCAUCGCCAUGGACCUGCCCUUCGUCCUCUUCAUCCCCUUCGGCCGCGGCGGUGAGGAGACAAACCGCCGCAUCCCCCCCGCCUCGCUCCAGCUGCCGAGCCGCACCGCCGAGACGUUCUACGAGCUGGUCGUCACCGUCCAGCAGGACCACAGCAUCCAGAACAAGUACGCCUUCCCCAUGCCGCUGCAGCGCUACGACACCCUGUCGACCUUUGGCAUGUACAACAAGCCCGAGACGAGGACCAACACGUCCGACAGCGUCGUCACCCUCGGCAUCUCCGUGCCCAAGUGGAGCUAUGGGCCCCUCGAUCCCAUCACCGUGUACAUCAAGCUCGUGCCGAACCCCGACUGGAUGAAGAAGGCCAUGAAGGUCACCAUACAAAAGAUCACCGUCUCCAUCGACGAGGAGAUCACCUACAACCCCGAGGGCGACGAGCCCCAGAAAAAGGUCAACAAGAUUGCCAAGCACGUGCAGUCCGUGGCCGCGAAGCUGCCCGAGGCCGGCUACGCCACCAACCUCGGGCUCGUGUUCCCCUCCAAGGACCUGCGCGACCCGGACGGCAUCGUGAGGCGCGGCAAGCCAGCGUUCCCCAUGUACGAGGUCAUGUCGUUCACGACAACAUCGACCCUCUACAAAAUUGAGUUUUACUUGACCGUCAAGGCGCAACUGAGCUCCGCGCGCGACGUCACGGCCCGGGUGCCGCUCGUCAUCUGCCCCAUGGACCAGCAGGGCUGCAAGGAGGAGAUGGACGCCAUCGAGCAGGCCGCCAUGGACGCGUCGCACGUCGACCCGAUUAACCCCAUGCUGCCGGCGAGGAGGAUCAUACUAGCCAACGACAGGGAGGCCCUCCACACGCUGGGGUUGUGCAUCGUGGGGGGACAGAAGAAGCCGCUCAUUGAGUGA